AGGAUGUUUUCGUCUGCAGGCAAGCGCUGCUUCACCAUAGAGUCUCUGGUGGCCAAAGAGAACCCUCUAACAGCCGAGGAACCCCUCUGCCCGACGGCUUUAACGUAUUCCAACCCGACCACAGACGCCUUGAUAAACGGUUACCAGGCUCCGCCGGCCAGGUCCCUUUACCAGAGCCCGGACCUGGUGUUCCCAGAAACGGUGAACCACCACUCCCUCACCGUGGCCCCCCACCAGCUCGCUGGCUCCCACCUACAGCAUCCGCACUUCUUCGGGACGCAACACCGAGAUCCGCUCAACUUCUACCCCUGGGUCCUAAGGAACAGGUUUUUCGGACACAGAUUUCAAGGUAACGACGUGUCCCAGGACAGCCUGCUCCUCCACGGUCCGUUCGCCCGCAAACCCAAACGGAUCCGGACGGCCUUCUCCCCGUCCCAGCUGCUCCGCCUGGAGCGGGCCUUCGAGAAGAACCACUACGUCGUGGGAGCCGAGAGGAAGCAGCUGGCGAACAGCCUGAGCUUAUCUGAAACACAGGUGAAGGUGUGGUUCCAGAACAGGAGAACCAAGUACAAGCGACAGAAGCUGGAGGAGGAGGGGCCAGAGAGUCAACAGAAGAAGAAGGGGAGCCACCACAUCAACAGAUGGCGCAUCGCCACCAAGCAGGCCAGCUCAGAGGACAUCGACGUGACCUCAGAGGACUAAACCCUGCACGCCGCCCCCCCUUCUGACGCAUCAGAGGACCAACACUAUUUAUUACGUAAUAUUAAUAUCAUUCAGUAUAAUUAGAAACAUUAGGAGGCGGCACCAGCGCAUCAUCACAUCUCUUCAUAGAGGUGCUACACUACUGACUUUGGAAAAAUAUCCGCUUAGUGACAUCCACUCUGAAGAAGGGGAAACGACAUGAGCCUGUAUCACUGGGUGUUUUUUUUGUUUUUUUAAAAUCUGUACAUAGGUCACGAAGAUUGUUUUUGAAGGAGAUUACUUGUUUCAUUAAAGCUGUUUGUACCACCUGCUUAGGUCAUUAACACCCCAUUCCUCUCCACCACCUGUGUACCAUUUCCAUUCAAAUGUCAGCCGAGUGACGGCCCAGCAUUGACCCGCCGGGUGUGUAGAACAGGCCGAACCAAGUGAGCCUCGGCCGCAGACGACACUGAUCACGCUCUGCAGGACUAUUUGAACUUUGGUGGCUUGAAAGUCACCGCAGCGCUCCGGUUUGCUUCUGAACUAAGAUCCUCCACAGAGUAAAUGGUACUUGGCUGUGCACGACUCUUGGACAGAUGAGAAGCUGCAGAAAGCUCUGUAGUUACUGCCACAUAAUAAACCUAAUUCCCAGCUUUUCGCCUCUGUCAGGCCAUGUUUGUUACAUCUCCUCCACUUGUUUUAUGUCUGCAAAUUUCAUAAAACUGUGUACCAUAAAGCGUAUAUAACAUACUUUUCAACAGAACGUGCAAUUACAAAAAGAUGUUUUAGAAAUAAAAACUUAAAUUAUUUCUCUGAUGGAAAACGCAAUGAUUUCAU